AUGAAAGAAGAUGAAAAUCCCUAUAUGGCAAUACUACAUUUGAUUGCAAAACCAGUGUCAUUAAACGAUUUAAUUGACCAAGAAUUGAAAAAAAAUAAGUCACUAAGUGGAAUAGCCGAAUCGACACAUACCGGAAAUAAAGCUAAGGAUUUCUCUUUACAUAAAGUAAAUGCUCCAACUUCUUGGUUAAAAUCUAAACUUAAAGGAAAAGUUAACGAGAUCCCUGGAAUUCUAAACAUAUAUCCUUUCAAAAACAAGAAAAAAUUUCAAAUCAGAAGCCCGUUAAGACCAAAAAAGUUGAAAACUAAACUACGCAACAAACGUAAAGAUCAAGCAAUCGAUCGAAACAUCCAUGAAAAUGACGAAACUAAUCAAAAAUAUAUUCCUCUACUUAGAAAUCUCGGUAUGUUAUUCGAUACUCUCAUUAAAUCAAAUACAAGCGACACCACUGAAAUUGCUGAAAGAAUUCAGUCACACAAAUCAUUUACCAACGACAGACGCAGAAUGGUAUGCACAUGCGGACUUGCAUCCCAUUUCGAAGAAGAGCCUCUAUCGAAAGAAACGACAACUGUUACUUCCCAAGCUAUUGCCACUACGAUCAAGAAAAUUACCAAGACUACCGCCAAGACAGCCCCUAAUACUUCCAUGGGUGACUUCGGCAUUAUCCGACAGAAUAAGAACAUAUCCUUACUACCUUCAAGAGAUACCUCUAGCGGUUGGCGAGACAAUAAUGGACACAGUAAAAGAAGCCGCUCCACAUUUCACAGAAGCACUGCGAGAAAUAUCCCCCGGAAUAAUGGAAAUAGUAAAUGUAAUACCAGAGUCCGAGAAAAUGAAUCCUAUACAAAGAGUCAUGAAGAAAAUUCCAAUUGUAUUACACGAAACUAUGCAAGUGGCCAUGAACUCCGAAGAAGAAACGGAAAUGAUGCCAGAAAUACAGGGAACAAUAGAACAGAAACAGAUGAGAAGUUUGAAAAAGAUGAAAACACCAAUGAACUCUUCACAGCCGAUAAAUAUAAAAAAUAUGAUAAACACGAAAUUAGGGGAAACGAAACAGAAAGCUCAAACUCUAUAUCAGAACAUGAUAGAGGACUACGAGGAUUUCACUCCAAAAUUUUUAUCAGCAAUAACACAGAGUCCUUACAGUCCGAAAAAAGUUAUGAAAAAAGCAAGUACCAUGUCACACACAAUCACACCAGUUAUAAACGAGUCCCUAACGGAAAUGGCACAGCUACCACAGAUGUUGAAGAAGCUUAUACAGAACAUGAAACAGUAAUAUCAAUAAAAGAUUUGUCAAAUUUAACCUUGGCUCUACAAAGCGCGCCUCAAGGUAAAUUACCUGUAGUUACUAUUUUUGAUGGAUACAGUGUUGCAAGAGAUAUAAAUGGCCAAAACAGAUUAUUAGAACAGUCUAUACAUAUACAUUCAUGAUAUAUAAUAAUAUAAGAAAUAUUUACAUAGUAAAGGACAUUUCUGUACAUAGUUAGGUAUUAAUAAGACCAUUUUGUCAAAUGUUAAA